ACAGUAUCAACUUUCCAUUUGUUAUUAUUUCUCUCCAAUCAAUCAUACAUCGCCAUGGACUUUCUUUCAUAUGCUAUUGUUUUCUCCAAUACACACAGCAAGCUUCUUCACCAUCUCCUCCAGCAAUUUCUCCAGAACUCUGAAGCAGAAUUUCGCGGAAAUCGAAUAUGACGGACGAUUAUAAUGAAGAUAGCAGCAGUAGAGAGCCAUUGCUGAAGAUUCGGUACUACGAGAACUGCCCAGGGUGUAAGGUGGAUCGAGCCAAAGAAAUGAACCGAGGAUCACCAGUGAAGUAUCUUUUCUAUAUAUGGAUGCUAACUAUGUGCGCCACGCUGCCUAUAACAUGUAUCUUUCCAUUCCUUUAUUUCAUGGUAAGAGAUUUUGGUGUUGCAAAAACGGAGGCAGACAUUGGCUCCUAUGCUGGCUAUCUAGGCUCUUCAUUCAUGCUUGGCAGAGGAUUGACAUCUGUAGCCUGGGGGAUAGUGGCUGAUCGUUAUGGUCGAAAAUAUACUAUAGUCAUAGGAACUAUAGUAGUUGUUGUUUUUAACACACUAUUUGGCCUAAGCACGAGCUUUUGGAUGGCUGUUAUCACAAGAUUUCUUCUUGGAAGCUUAAAUGGUUCACUUGGGACAAUCAAGGCUUUUGCCACUGAAAUCUUUCGAGAAGAACACCAGGCUCAAGGACUCGCUACUUUCAGUUCAGCUUGGGGCAUAGCUUUAGUCCUUGGUCCAGCAUUGGGAGGUUAUUUGGCUCAGCCAGUAGAGAAAUAUCCACAUGUAUUUCCAGAAGGCUCCUUAUUUGAUAAGUUCCCGUUCUUCUUGCCCUGCUUUGUAAUUUCAGCCUUUGCACUUGCUGUGUUAGUUUCCUGCAUCUGGCUCCCGGAAACAUUGCACAAACACAAUGUUAGCAAUGAGUCCAAUAAGGAUGCGGAAGCUUUAGAAAAUGAAAAAACAACAACAACAAAGAAAAAAACAGUUCAGAAAAGUGGAAAUAUCCUCCUGAAUUGGCCCUUGAUGUCAUCCAUCAUUGUUUAUUGUGUUUUCUCGCUGCAUGAUAUAGCUUAUACAGAGGUUUUCUCAUUAUGGGCUGUCAGUCCUCUAGAGCUGGGGGGUUUGAACUUUACAACGGAUGAUGUUGGUGAUGUUCUUUCAAUAUCAGGAUUUGCUCUUUUGCUCUGUCAAAUCUUCCUUUAUUCACCUAUGGAGAAAGCAUUUGGACCCAUUAAUCUUGCUCGCAUUGCAGCGGCUUUAUCCAUCCCUCUCUUGCAAAGUUACCCUUUCAUAGCGAUGUUAUCUGGCUUCACACUGCAUCUAGUGAUAACUAUUGCUUCCGUCUUUAUGUUAUGUUUCCCUACAAUAAUUGAUACCAGUUUAUUCCUUUUGCAAAACAGAGCAGUGGAACAACACCAAAGAGGAGCGGCUAAUGGUAUUGCUAUGACAGCUAUGUCACUUUUCAAAGCAGUUGGCCCUGCUGGAGGUGGAGCAGUAUUAACUUGGUCGCAAAAGCGGUUAAAUGCUUCUUUCCUUCCGGGUACUCAUUUGGUGUUUUUUGUGCUGAACCUAGUGGAAGCACUGGGCCUGCUGAUGAUGUUCAAACCAUUCCUGGCUGAGAAAAAGACAACCCCAUCACAGCGGUCAUAAUGAUGUUAAUAACAUGUUUCAUAACCAUGCAGUGAUGAAGCAAUCAUCAAUCCUGAGAUAUUUUUGUGAAGGGGAUGCUACUGGCUAAUUAAUAGGACCAAUAUAUAUAUAUAUAUAUAUAUAUGCAUGCAUGUACCAGCCUUUCCUGCGGAUUUCUGGUA